AUGGAACUCGAUUUAGUUCAAUCGGUAAAACACGGCAAUGAAGGCGAUGUUUACUUCCGGCAACAACGGCUACUUCCGACGGUGGCGAUGUAUUUGAUUAAGGUGUAUGAUCACUUACAGCCUCGUACCACUUCUUCUUCAGUUGAGAAAGAUAAAGAUAAGGUUAAAGCUCCUACCGAGAGUUGGGAACGAUUGGAUUCAAUCGUUCUUCAAUGGAUUUACGGAACAAUCUCUUCCGAUCUUCUUCACACCAUUCUAAAGCCCAACACCACCGCCUAUGACGCCUGGACCGCGUUAGCCAAUUUAUUCCAAGACAACAAAGCAACCAGAACAAUCGACCUCAACAACCGAUUUUCAAGCACUCGCCUUGAUCAGUUUCAAUCGAUGUCCGCCUACUGCCAAGCCAUGAAGAUUAUGUUUGACCAGCUAACCAACAUCGGCUCCUCCAUCACCGACGAACAACUGGUGUUACAAAUUCUCGCAGGUCUCACCGAACAAUACGAAAGCGUUGCUCUCAUCCUCCAAAAUACGAAACCCUUACCCAGCUUCGAGACCCGCUCUCAACUGUGUAUGGCAGAAACCAGGAAAAUCAAUCAAGCAAAACAAGCCGCUCAGCUUGCUGGUACAGCCCUAACCGCCACAGCCGAUCGUAACUCCUCCUCUCGAUCUUCAGAUACUCGCCAGCCAGACAAUCGGACUGAUUCAUCGGAACGCACUCGUGGUCACGGCCGUGGUGCCAUGGAAUUUCUCCUUUUCCCCUACGACCGGUCAUUCUCAACAUAA